AGGGCCACGCCCCUUUCCCUUGGUCUACCCCCCGCCAGGGAGUGCGGGGCACUGGGAGCACUGGGAGCUACUGGGAGGCGAUGCCGGACGCCGACCCCCGCCUGGACCCGGGCCGCUGGGCGGCCGCCAGCUUCCGGGCGCGGGGGGGGGACCCCGAAACCGCCGCCCCCCGCCCCCGCCGGGGCUUCUGGCGCCGCCUGGGCGGCUGCUGCGGCUGCUGCGGCUGCUGCCGCCGCGGCAACGAGGACUGGGAGCCCCCCCCCGGGGAGGUGCCGGGCCGACGGCCCCCCCAGCCCCUGCGGCCCGGCCUGUUGGCUCCCCGGGGGCUGGUGGUGGCCUCCCCGGCCGAUCGGGUAGCCCACCACACCGCCGACUUCCAGGCCCCCCGGCCGGUGCUGAGGAGGGGGCAGCCCUUCGGCCUCCGCGUCCUCCUGCCCCGGCCCUUCGACCCCGACGACGACGCCCUCUGCGUGGAGCUCACCCUCGGCCCCAACCCGCAGGUGGCCAAGGGCACCCACGUCCUCAUCCCGUUGGGCGAGACCUCGGCCACCGGCUGGACGGCGGAGGUGGAGGAGGGGGAAGGGGCGGAGCCUCCCGCCGGCCCCGCCCUCAGCCUCCGGGUGGCGGCCCCGCCCGACGCCCCCAUUGGCCGCUACUGCCUGAGCGUCAAGACCCGCACGGGGGCGGGGGACUACGCCGCCCCCUUCGACGACGCCAACGACUUCUUCCUCCUCUUCAACCCCUGGUGCCCCGAUGACCACGUCUACAUGGAGAAAACGAGCGACCUUAACGAGUACGUCCUUAACGAGACGGGGCGCAUCUUCUACGGCACCGAGGACCAGAUUGCCGAGCGCUCCUGGAACUACGGGCAGUUCGACGCGGGGGUGCUGGAGGCCUGUCUGUACAUCCUGGACCGCCGGGGGAUGCCCCACAGCGCCCGGGGGGACCCCGUCAUGGUGUCCCGCGUCGUCUCCGCCAUGGUGAACUCGCUGGACGACAACGGGGUACUGGUGGGCAACUGGACGGGGGACUACGGGCAAGGCACCAACCCCUCGGCCUGGGCCGGCUCGGUGGCCAUCCUGCGGGCCUUCCACCGCACCGGCCCCGUGCGCUACGGCCAGUGCUGGGUCUUCGCCGGCGUCAUGACCACGGUGCUGCGGUGCCUGGGCCUCCCCACCCGCACCGUCACCAACUACAACUCGGCCCACGACACCGACGUCUCCCUCACCACCGACAUCUACUUCGACGAGAACAUGCGGCCCCUGGAGCGCCUCAACACCGACUCCGUCUGGAACUUCCACGUGUGGAACGACUGCUGGAUGAAGCGCCCCGACCUCCCCGAGGGCUACGACGGCUGGCAGGUCGUCGACGCCACCCCGCAGGAGACCAGCAGCGGCCUGUUCUGCUGCGGGCCGUGCUCGGUGACGGCGGUGAAGAACGGCGAGGUCUUCCUCAAGUACGACACCCCCUUCGUCUUCGCCGAGGUGAACAGCGACAAGGUGUACUGGCAGCGGCAGGCGGGCGGCGCCUUCGCCGUGGUGCACGUGGAGGAAGGGGCCAUCGGGCGGCGCAUCAGCACCCUGGGGGCGGGCUCCGGCGCCCGCCUCGACAUCACCCACCAAUACAAGCACCCCGAGGGCUCGGAGGAGGAACGCCGGGCCGUCUCCACCGCCACCUCCCACGGUUCCCGCCCCCGGGCCGGGGGGUCGCCCUCAUCGGGGGAGGUGACGGUGCGGGUGGGGGCGGGGCCGGCGGUGGCGGGGGCGGAGCUGGAAUUGCGGGCGACGCUGGGGAACGGCGGGGCCCAACCUCGCACCCUCCGCCUCCGCCUGGCCCUGGGGGCCGUCCGCUACACGGGGGUGGCCGGCGCCCCCUUCCGGCAGGAACAGCAUCGCCGCGUCGUCCCGCCGGGCCAAGAGGAGACGGUGACGAUGACGGUGGCCUACGAGGAGUACGGGCCCCACGUCGGGGAACAGGACGCCCUGAAGCUGACGGCGGCCGGGGUGGUGGAAGAGACGGGGCAAGUGGUGGCCAAAGAGCUGAGGGUCCGGCUCCACACCCCCGAGCUCACCCUGACGCUGCUGGCCCCGGCGGUGGUGGGCCAGGAGGUGCCGGUCCAGGUGGUCUUCCAGAACCCGCUGCCCGAGGCCCUGAGCGGGGCCACCCUGCGCAUGGAGGGGGCCGGGCUCUCCUGCCCCAAGCCCUUCUCCUUGGGGUCGGUGGGGGCGGGGCAGACGGUGCGGCUGCGGCAGCCCGUGGUGCCGCUGCGGGCCGGGCGGCGGCGGCUGGUGGCGGCGCUGGAGAGUCCCCGCCUGGGGCCCCUCCACGGCUCCCUCCAGUUCGACGCCGCCCCCGCCGAGGCCGCCCCCGGCCCCCCCAGCGGCGGGAGCCCCCCCCGGAGGCCGCGCAGAGCACGGAGGAGAGCGGCGCCCCCCGCCGGCAGCACCGGGGGGUGACCGGGGCGGCGCUGGGAGGGCACUGGGAGCGCUGGGAGGGGACUGGGAGGGGGAAUGGGGGCACUGGGAGGGCACUGGGAGCACUGGGAG